UAUAAAGCCACCGCACACGCCCACUAUCCCCCAAAUAACCAUCAUCCCAACACCCCCAAGCCAAUUCCCCAAACCAAUCCUUCAAACCAAAUCUACCGCAAACAUGUCUCCCACCCAAAAAGCCCUCAUCGUGACCCCCUCCAAAACAGCAACCCUGACAACCACCCGACCCCUCCCCACCCUCCGCGACGGCUACAUCCUCGUGAAAACCGCCAGCGUCGCCCUGAACCCCACAGACUGGAAGAACAUCGCGGCGAUCGCGCCACCAGGGGUUCUCGCCGGGUGCGACUACUCUGGCACAGUCGAAGCCCUCAGCCCAACAGCGGCCUCAUCCACAGGUCUCAAAAAGGGUGACCGCAUCUGCGGCUGCGCGCACGGAUGCAACGCCGAGCAGCCCGAGGACGGCGCUUUCGCGGAGUAUAUCGUCGUGCCGGUUGGCACGCAGAUGCGGAUCCCGGAUAAUCUGUCUUUUCAGGAGGCGGCGACGCUGGGUGUCGGCGUCACUACCGUGGGCCAGGCGCUGUAUCAGAGUUUGGGGAUGACGUGGCCUGGGGAGUCCCGGGGGGAGUCAGAGUCCGAGCAAGAGGCGGUGUUGAUUUAUGGGGCGUCGACCGCGACGGGGGCGCUGGCAGUGCAAUUCGCGAAGCUAUCCGGGUACCGCGUGAUAGCGACAUGCUCGCCGCAGCAUUUCGAUAUGGUGCGCGCGCUAGGCGCAGACGAGGUCUUCAACUCCCGAGACGAGUCCGCUGCCUUGCGAAUCCGUGAAAUCACAGACGACAAGCUGCGCCUGUGCCUGGACUGUGUGUCGCUAGAGUCUACCGCCGCAUACUGCGAUAAGGCGCUAUCGUCGCAGGGCGGGGAGUACAGUGCGCUGUUGCUGGUGGAGAUUGAGCGAGCGAAUGUCAAUAGCCGGUCGACGAUGGGGUAUACGGCGAUUGGGAAGGAGUUUCGCCUGGGGGAUAGAGUCUUUGAGGCGAGUGCGGAGGAUCUGGCGUUUUCGAGGCGGUUUUGGGCGCUUGCGGAGGGGUUGUUUGCUGAGGGGAAGGUCGUGCCGCAUGCGAUGAGGGUUGGGGAGGGGGGGUUGAGGGGGGUGUUGGAGGGGCUGGAGGAGAUGAGGGCGGGGAGGGUUAAUGGGGUGAAGUUGGUUUAUAAUGUUGGGGAGACUGAUUGAUUUAUAUCAUUGCUUGUGAACAUUGUUAUACUGUAUAUGAUAGGCAUCAAGCCUCCUGAUGGAUCUCCACAUUGACUCCCUUGGGGAACACACGUCGCACUGCCUUGAGCUCAUCCAGCGUCACCGUAUCAGGGGCCACAAAACUAUAUUAGUUAGAUUGUUCCUUCAGAAAGUGAACAUGAAAGAAAAAAAAAAAAGAAAGAAAGAAUGAUAACCCACGACGUCGUAUGAAUAGGCGGCAAGCUCCUCGUCGAGAUAAACAGCGUGUGCUCCGUUGCGCCUUUCUGCUCGAAGGCCGUCUUCACGCUGCUCUACAGUUAAAAGAGACCCUGGAGUACUGUCAGGAGGGCAUAUGGGAGCAAGCGACGUACAAUGCCUCCAUCUGGCUGCCAUGCGCGUUAUACGCGUCGAGCGAGUCGUAAUUGAUCACGAUGGUGUAACGGAUCAUAAUGUACUGCAUACCGAUUCG